AUGUCCGUUCGUGGGGUCGUCUUGGUAGUCCUGUGCGCGGUCCUAUUGGUGACGCGUGCUCGCCGGAGUUCAGUAGAGCAGGAGGAUGAGGAGAAGAUUAACAGCGCUAGAUGCACCUCCAGGUGUCUCACUUUGCACAUGACCCAGAUAACUGCUGCUUUCAGACACUUCCAGAGUGACCAAGUUCUCGUUUGGUGUGAGAAUCAGAGACGCUGUGCACAGUGCCUUAAACCAUGCAAAGAGCUUUGGGAAACCAAGAAGAAGCAUUCUCUGAAGUCCUGUGAGAAGCAGACAGAAUGUGUGACCAGCAGCGAGUUUCUGACAUCUCUGAGGUCAUCCAGACAGGGUGACUGCCCUCAACCUCAACGCGCGACUGGAUUUGCGGCCGCCUGUGUGGAAAGCUGCUCACUAGACCGACAUUGCCCUUUCCCCAGGAAGUGUUGCUUCAAUGGAUGUGGACACACAUGUCAAACACCAGCCAAUCUUUACAAAGGUGUUCCUCUAAAACCCCGCAGGGAUAUGAGCUUCAUGGAGGAUCCAGUGGGACGGGUGAAAGUGAUGUGGGUGUCCAAGUUUAAUGUCAGCAUAGAGCCGGUCGUUUAUGUGCUCCAGUCACGCUGGAACACGGGCAUUCACCCCAGUGAAGAUAAUGCAUCCCCAUGGAUCACUGUUGCCAUGACCCUUUCUGAGGAUGCUCUACUGUCAGAUCUAAGACCUCAGCGGUGGUAUCAGUUCAGAGUGGCGGCAGUAAACAGCCAAGGCAGCAGGGGCUUCACAACACCAAGCAAGCAUCACAUCUCCAAUAAAGACCCGUCCAUUCCGGGGCCUCCGAUAAAUAUUCGAGUGAGCAACCAGACUCUGGUUCAAAUUACUUCACAAGCAGGUUCUCACUUCACAGGAAGGGCGAGGGGAAUUGGCAUCACUGUGGCGGUCUAUAUACACUGGGACCCCCCUCAGGAAGGAGACCUGCCAGUCCAAAACUACAGAGUCACCUGGAUGUCACGACAUAGGACACAAAACAUCACACAUCCAACACAAGAAAACAAGCAUGAAUUACAUAAAAACUUGCAUACCCGGUUUAUACAGCCACAAGUACACCAGCAGAGUAAAAAAGGAAGCAACAGCCGAGUGACUCAGGGGGUGCAGUGCGAGCUGUGGCUACAUGGUCUUCUUCCUGAUACUUUCUACGUCCUGUCUGUACAGUCAGUAGCCUACUGGGGUCAGAAAAGACUGAAGAGCCCAAGAGCUCACACUGUUUUUACUACAAUGUCUUAUAAAGGUGAAGACCUCUCCAAUGAGCUCCCAUCGGCAUCUUCUUCACUAUCCCCAUCCCAGCCCUUGUCUCCAUCCCUCUCCUCCUCCUCCUUCUCUUCCUCCUCUCCUGACCUUCCCCUUUUCUCUUCUCUUCCUCACCCUGAAUCCCCUCUCGAUCAUGCGGUACCUAGUGACCUUCGCUUGGAGGUUGCCGCCCCCCAUUAUCAUAAUGGUCAGCUACAGGUCAAGGCUUUCUGGAAAAGGUCUAACCAUGCCAGAAAUCGUCACCCUGGGCCAUACAUUCUGCGGUGGCGCCCACAUACCUGCAGCACUAAUGUUACAGGCACUGAGGGCACAGCCAAUGUGCAGGGUACUCAUUACACCAUUACAGGCCUACUGUUUGCAUGUAAGUACUGGGUAGCUGUGGCAAUGACAACUGAUGCUGAGUUGGAAGCUGUUGCCUGGGUCACAACCCCAACUUGCUCCUCCAUCAGGGUCAAAGGAGACAAAACUUUGCCCUGCAGCACUGAAGAGCGCCCACUAGCAGGCAGAAAGGUGAUACUGCGUCCAGAGCGCCUGACUGCAAAAUUCCAGCAUGUCAAUGGUACACUACUAGCUUUUUUUCGCUGGAGGGUAUCCCAACAUGCACUGGACCUGGCAGAAGUUCAAGGGUUCCAGUUUACUUGGACGCUGCAAUCAGAUGUCACCUUGGUAGCAAAAGGCCAAGAGGAUACUCUUAUCUCUCAGACGCAGACAAUUGCACCGUCUCAGCGGGCAGUGAUAAUUCAUGGCCUACAGAGUGACAGUGCUUACAAAGUACAACUGCAGGUUUUAACACCAGGAGGGAACAACGGCGCUGCGGUUUUCAAGACUUUUCACACUCCACCCCCGGGGACCCUUGCUAUGCCUCUGCUGUCACAUGCCACUGCUCCAUCCUGCCUCAAAAUCUCCACCAUCAUCCCGAUCCUCAAGAGGUCACCAGUAGAUAGCCUCAAUGACUUCAGGCCUGUUGCACUUAUGCAUGAGCUCAUGAAGUGCUUUGAGAGGCUAGUUUCCCAGCACAUCAAGGACCUUCUGUCCCCCACACUGGACCCUCAUCAGUUUGCCUAUAGGGCAAACCGCUCCACUGAUGAUGCCACAAACAUUGCACUCCACAACGCGAUAGGCCACCUUGAGAAACGGGGGAGCUAUGUAAGGAUGCUCUUUCUGGACUAG